UUGCUGUUGUUUGUGAGUACAUCUUACAGAGGACCAGCUCAAACCCACAGCUGCCAAAAUGAGAGAGUUCAAGAGCAAGGCUUUCUGGAGGGCAGUUCUGGCCGAACUGGUUGGGAUGACCCUUUUUAUUUUUCUCAGCAUCGCCACAGCUAUUGGGAACACAAAAAGCUCUAAUCCAGACCAAGAGGUGAAGGUGUCACUCGCCUUUGGACUUGCCAUUGCCACCCUGGCCCAAAGUUUAGGCCACAUCAGUGGAGCCCACCUGAAUCCUGCAGUCACCCUCGGGAUGCUUGCCAGCUGCCAGAUCAGUGUGUUCAAGGCUAUCAUGUACAUUAUUGCCCAGAUGCUGGGCUCAGCCCUAGCCAGUGGCAUUGUGUAUGGAACACGGCCUGAAAACACUACUGUACUGGGGAUCAACGCUCUCAACGGUGUCACACCCAGCCAAGGCGUAGGCAUAGAGCUUUUGGCGACCUUCCAGCUGGUGCUGUGUGUCAUUGCGGUCACUGAUAAAAGACGGCGUGAUGUCACCGGCUCUGCACCCUUGGCCAUUGGCCUCUCAGUCUGCCUGGGACACUUGGCAGCUAUCAGCUACACAGGCUGUGGCAUCAACCCUGCUCGCUCCUUCGGCCCAGCUUUGAUCAUGAACAAUUUUACAGACCACUGGGUGUACUGGGUGGGUCCAAUGUGUGGCGGAGUGGCAGCAGCUCUUUUGUACGAUUUCUUGCUUUCUCCCAAAUUCGAUGACUUCCCCGACCGCAUGAAGGUGCUGGUCAGCGGGCCAGUGGGUGACUAUGACGUCAACGGAGGCAACGAUGCAACAACUGUGGAGAUGACCUCAAAGUAGUGCUACGCAAACAUGAAAUGCUAUUGUAAAUAUCUAUACUCCUGUACAAAAGCAUUAGAAUUUAGUUUAGUAUGUUAGUGUUUUUUUUCUCCUGUUUUAAGGUAACCAAUGAGGAUUGUGGUCAACGGGUCAGUUAGUGCUUCCUUCCUAUUUUGCUCAUGUUUUUGGCCAAGUACCAGUUUUUUAUCCAAAGUGCAGCUCAGACAAGUUAACUCUAAAAUUCCCAACAGAGUCGAGCAUUAAUGUUUGUUUUUUCAAUAUCAGUAUUCAAGGUUGAGCCAUUUUUGUAUACAUAUUUCUAUGAAUCUUUAUCACGUUUUAUUUCUGAUGGAUAAUGUAUUGUGUGUGCACUUUUGAAACACCUCUCACUUUUUUAAGUAAAAUAAAACACUGGAUAUUAAAAAAA